GAAAGUAGCGAGUGGAAGUAUAAUCCUCGACUAACCUGAGUCAUUUCGUUUACUCACAUUUGCAGGCUCCAGGGAGCGCCGUUCACCGUCGAAUCAUUCCGACCGGCUUCAUCUCCGAUAACCGGAAAACCAAUCUAGUCAACCAGGAAAAUGCUGGCACGGCUGGCUUCUCAACGCCUUCGGGAGAUCCGUCAAGUUAUCCGUCAAAUCCCGCAGACUACUCGAUCACUCUCCACUGCCCUUAAUUAUCAUUUGGAUUCGCCUGAUAAUAAUCCAAAUAAUCCAUGGGAAUUCACCGAAGCUAACAAAACAAAGGUGAAGGAGAUCUUGUCUCACUAUCCAUCAAAUUACAAGCAAUCAGCAGUCAUUCCAUUACUGGACCUUGCACAACAACAACACGGCGGAUGGCUACCUGUUUCAGCUAUGAAUGAAGUGGCAAAAAUUAUUGAAGUUGCUCCUAUUCGUGUAUAUGAAGUUGCAACCUUCUACUCAAUGUUCAACCGUACAAAGGUUGGUAAAUACCACCUUCUGGUCUGCGGUACCACGCCCUGUAUGAUCCGUGGUUCAAGAGAAAUCGAAGAAGCAUUACUCAAGCACCUAGGGGUAAAACGCAAUGAGGUGACAAAAGAUGGCUUGUUCUCUGUUGGAGAAAUGGAAUGCAUGGGAUGCUGUGUAAAUGCUCCAAUGAUUACUGUUGCCGACUAUUCUAAUGGAUCUGAAGGAUACACCUACAACUAUUAUGAAGAUCUCACUCCAGAGAAAGCCGUGGAGAUUGUUGAGGCCUUCAGAAGGGGAGAAAAGCCACCACGUGGAACACAGAAUCCCAAAAGAAUCAACUCAGGGCCCGAAGGAGGGAAUACUACAUUGUUGGGUGAGCCAAAGCCUCCACCGUGUCGCGACCUUGAUGCCUGCUAAAGUAGUUAAAAUGUCUACCAAUAACCUCAAAAGUUUGGGAUCCUUCAGUUCUAAGCUCUGUCACCCUUAUUGUUUCAAAGUUUUCACUUCUGCACUGUCAAUUCUCAAACAAGUAGGGACCAACCUGGUGGAUAUGAUUGUUUUAUGAUAACACAACCUCUCCAUGGAGUUGGUUGUACAAUCAUCGGAUGCUUAAUAAUGAAUCCCUGUGAGUCCACAACGGCCUGUAAUUUUAGCUGGUAUGCAUAGGUCUCAAAGUGAAACUUCGAAUUUCUGGUGCAUUCUCAUUGUGGAUUUCAUUCAUAAUUCAAGUGUUUGCCACAAAUGGAAUUCAAGUUUUAUUAAGUCUCUUGUGCACUCUCCUCGUUUGGCCUUUUUAUUAAGUCUCUUGUGCACUCUCCUCGUUUGGCCUUCAUUUUAACGUGUGUGAGAAUUAAACAGCUCUUCAAAAGUAACAUUGUUGAAUGGCUGCACAUUCUGAUUCUCUGUCCUGCCAAAAAGAAAAAGGAAACUGAUCACUCUGCUUUCUUUUUCUAAUACCUUUCAUUUGUUUUUCCCUUUACACCUCUCGUAUUUCUCUUCGUAUCCCGCAUUGUAUGCCAUAUACUCCGUAUUUUAGAAGGAGAUUUUGGUCAUUUGAUUUAAAAAACUUGUUUUCACAAAAGACGAGUAUCAAUUGCAAUAAUAUUUAUAACUUUACAAUUUAGUGACUAUUGCGGUCUCUGAUAAAAAAUGAGCACUCAGGUAAUUGGACUGAGCAGCGAUCCCUCACUAAGGAACGCAUUUGGGGGUGGCCAACAAGGGGGGAAAAAAAGGGACAAAAACGAAGGAGAAGAGUGUGGGAGUGGAAGUGUGAUCCUACCUAUCCUCUCUCUCUCUCUCUAUCUAUCUACUGUGUGUGUGCGUGAGAGAGGAAGAGUGGUAGGAGUCGGAUGGGUUGAUUGAUCAUGGAUGGGGGUGGGGGUGGGGUGAUGGUGGUGCACCGGUGGAGUAGUUGUGAGCCAUCUAUCUACAACAAUACAACAACUAAUCCCAUCUACUACUAAAUACUACAUGAUCAUCAUCAUCAUCCGGUUGAUCUGGUUCAUUAUCCAUGACUUAUGACAAAAUAUCCACCCACCACCCAACCGCCACCCCUUUUUCCACUCCCCACCUAUUGCUGCUGCCCACAUCCUCCCAAUUUUGAUGCUCCUUUUUUUUUUUUUUUUUUUUUCUGCCUUUUUUUUCUGUCCUCAUCAUCAUAAUUGAUAUUUCACCCCAUCUACCACCACCGUCGCCACCGACACCACCACCACCACUGGCC